GAUCAUGGCAUGUUUGACAACAGCCGGCUGUUUGUGACUGGGACUGAGACAUUUUUUACAGCCGAAAUCACAGGCACGGCGGCGGCCGACCUUGUCCACGAUUUUAUAUCGAUGUUCAUGUCUCAAUCGCCUCCCACACCACACGCACUUCCGGGUUCUUGGCCUCGAGAAGAACUUUGACGGUCUUCUAACUUUCCAAACUAUCUUUGUCUGUUCCCUAUAUCACCACGUGCUGAUCAAGUGCCGAGCAGAUAACACAUAAAUACUUUCGAAGUACGUAACAGUACAUAACAUGCAAUACAAAAUGAAUGUUCUCGUCCCCAGAGAUCUAUCCUGCUUCCUGAUUGCCCACUAGGUUGGCGUUGAAGUCGAAGAAAAAUUACAGGUACUACUGACAAUGAGAUACCUUCCUCUCGCGCUACUUCCCGUUGUUUUUGCGCAGCAACAUGCCUUCGAAACCACGCAGCAGGAACCAUGGACAACAAAGUAUGGCAGACAGACAGACCUCAGUUAUACAGGUCCUCUGAGCUUCUCCCACCUACCCUACACACGUUGCCUGGAUGACUUAUCGACAAACUUUGACAUCGCUGUUCUCGGCAUGCCAUUUGACACAGCAACUUCUUACAGACCAGGGGCACGUUUUGGACCAUAUGCAAUUAGAUCUGGUUCUAGACGCCAAUCCUCUGCGGGGGGUUACUCGAUGGAAUGGAUGACGAACCCAUACACCCGCGCGGAAAUGAUUGAUUGUGGAGACGUCCCGAUCAACCCCUAUGACAACGCGUUAGCUAUUGAUCAAAUGGAAACUGCGUAUACCACGCUUUUAGCACGACCCGUGAAUGGAAGCGCUAGUGCGCGCACCGCAAAGCUUGCACGUGAUGGAGUGGAACACCCUCGUAUAUUGACAUUAGGCGGAGACCAUACCAUCGUGCUUCCGAUUCUUCGAUCUCUUUAUCAGGUAUAUGGACCUAUAUCCGUCAUUCACUUCGACGCACACAUCGACACCUGGCCGAGCGGGGGUGGUUUUACCACGCAGUCCAGAGUCAAUCACGGGACAUUUUUCACAUGGGCAUUUGAGGAGGGACUCAUGUCCAACACCAGUAUUCAUGCUGGGAUCCGGACCAGAAUGGAGGGCCCUGAGUUGAUCGAACACGAUGAGAAAGUUGGCUUUGAGCUUAUCAUGACUGAUGAUAUCGACGACAUUGGAGCAAAUGAAAUCAUUAAGCAUAUCCGACAACGCGUCGGCAACUCCCCUGUUUACCUGAGCUUUGACAUUGACACCAUAGACCCUGGUCAGGCACCCGCAACUGGUACACCAGAGCCUGCUGGAUGGACCAGUCGAGAAACCAAGCGAAUCCUUCGAGGUCUUGCUGGAUUGAACUUUGUUGGGGCUGACAUUGUCGAGGUUGCUCCAGCAUACGAUAAUGCUGGCGAGAUCACUGGCAUGCUUGCUGCUAACCUUGCAACUGACUUCCUUGCCCUGAUGGUCACUGACGAGCCGCCUAAACGGCAAAUAAAGCGAAGGCGAACACUCGCCGACGAGCUCUAGAACUCAGAAAGUGGUUUACUGCCAGCAGUCAUGCUAGGUUAUUGUUUCAAAGCAAGCCACUGUUUCGUAAUGAAAUACAGAGGGUA